CAGCCAUAGAUAUCUCAAGUAUUCCUGCUAAUAUCAAGUCCAUUCUCAACCAUGAAAGCUAUUGCAGCUUUGUUAGUUCUGGGAAUCGUUCUUCAUUUCAGCACUGGAAUUCUGGGCAUUUCACGAAUUCAAUGUGGCAUACCAAGAUGUGAACCAGGGUGCUCAUUGGAUUAUAGAACCCAGCCUUGUCCAUCCUGUCAGUGUGGACCUGAACUGUCCGUCUCAGCCCGAAUUCGCCGCAGUCCUCAAGUACGCCGAUGUUCUACGACAAGAUGCCCGCAAGGAUGUUCCGUCAAUUAUAAGACCCCUUGCCCUACUUGUCAGUGUGAAUCUGGCGUAUCCCUAAUAGCCCGCCUCCGUCGAAGCCCUCGACAGGUAGAUAAUGGUUGCCCUGUGCCUAGAUGUCCACGACCAUGCCAGUUGGAUAACAGCACUCCUUGUCCUACUUGCCAAUGCCCGCGAAGUAGACCUAGAACCCCAUAUUAUAGAGGUAACCGCUGCCCUGUACCCCAAUGCGAACGCUCGUGCCAAAGAAGAUAUAGAAGUCCUUGUCCAGUGUGUGUUUGUUAAAUAUACGGGUUGUUAAAACUACGGGUUGUUACAAGGAACGAAAAAGGCUAUGUGAAUGGGAGAUGACUUCCAAAAAUUUGUGUCCCAUUAUUUAAAUUUUUUUA